ACUGAAUAUUGGAAGUAGAAGGCAUCUCCCUUGGCAUGGCACCACGUUUGAUGGUUGCACCAGUGCGGUCUCCGGGGGAUCGGGCAUGACGAAGUGAAAUGCUGAGAAGAGCUGUAUGUCAGAGACAAGUAGAGGAAGGAAGGGGUGGAGGUGAUGAGGAGGAUAGUAAAGUGACAGAGGGCGGCACGUGGCACACAACAGAGUGGGCAGGCUGGCACUGGAUCGGUGAGGAUCUCUCCGGGAUCAUAGAAGGGGGGUGGUCUCUGGAAUAAGGAGGGGAUCUAAUAGGAGAGAACGCUGCUAGUCCGGGCACUGACUGUCUGCCAGGCGGCGGCUGACUGCUCCGCUCUCCGCAAACUUUUCACUGCAAUGGCAGCCAAACUUUCCCAGCACCGCUCCAUCCGAUGACCGAGAGUCCACCUACCUCCUACAGGGACCAUGGCAGUGGGAGCACAGCCCCAGACAGACAAUGGCCGGGUGCCAUCCUUGUCCCUGGCACCCGUCUCCGGCCAGGACAGCGGCAUGGAGUUCGUGGCACUGACAGCCGUACAGACUGACAGCGGCAGCCCCCGGCGCCUAGGGCUCCUCGGCACCCCUCUACCGGGUCCCCCGCGGAGCUCCGCAUCCCACAAGAAGUACCGCCGGCUGCAGAACUAUCUCUACAACGUGCUGGAGAGACCCCGGGGAUGGGCCUUUGUUUACCAUGUCUUCAUAUUCAUCCUUGUGUUCAGCUGCCUGGUGCUCUCUGUAUUUUCCACAAUUCCUGAAUUCCAUCAUUUAUCCAACAAAGGCCUGUUCAUACUGGAAUUUGUGAUGAUUGUCGUGUUUGGCAUGGAGUACGUCAUUCGAAUCUGGUCGGCUGGGUGCUGCUGCCGGUACAGAGGAUGGAAGGGGCGUCUAAGAUUUGCACGGAAACCUUUUUGUAUUAUUGAUUUCAUUGUCCUGGUAGCCUCUCUGGCAGUUAUUGCAGCUGGGACUCAGGGUAACAUCUUCGCAACCUCAGCUCUACGCAGUAUGCGAUUCCUGCAGAUCCUACGCAUGGUGCGCAUGGACCGGAGAGGAGGCACGUGGAAAUUGUUGGGUUCAGUGGUUUAUGCUCACAGCAAGGAGCUGAUCACUGCGUGGUAUAUUGGUUUUCUGGUGCUAAUCUUUGCCUCCUUCCUGGUCUACUUGGCAGAAAAAGAUGCCAACAAGGAGUUUUCAACCUAUGCUGACUCUCUCUGGUGGGGAACGAUCACUCUUACCACCAUUGGUUAUGGUGAUAAAACACCCCGCACCUGGCUGGGGAGAGUCUUGGCUGCUGGGUUUGCUCUUCUAGGCAUCUCUUUCUUUGCACUCCCUGCGGGGAUUCUGGGUUCAGGGUUUGCCCUAAAAGUUCAAGAACAACACAGACAGAAACAUUUUGAGAAGCGUCGGACUCCUGCAGCUAAUCUUAUACAGGCUGCCUGGCGUCUCUAUUCUACAGAUGUGAGUCGGUCCUACCUCACAGCCACAUGGUAUUACUAUGACAGUAUUCUGCCUUCAUUCAGAGAGCUACUUCUUUUGUUUGAUACCUGGCAUCGAACCCGCAGCCGAAAUGGAGGAGCUAGACUUUGUCAGGGAUCUCCUCGCUAUCACCCAGUCUCCCCUGCUCUGAAAUCUGCAGCACAUCCUUUCUGUGCAGGGGAAAGCACUAAGGUAGGACUUAAAGAUCGAAUACGGGGUACAGGUGCUCCAAAGCAGAGUGCACGCAGCAAACAGUAUCUGGCUCCCCCAGAACGAACUUCUUCUGGACUAGACCUCCCUGCAGAAUCACCCAGCCCUACCAAGGUGCAGAAGAGUUGGAGCUUUAAUGACCGUACACGCUUUCGAGCUUCUUUAAGGCUUAAACCAAAACCACAGACAGAUGCAGAGGGAGCAGGAGAUGACAGUAAUGAUGAGAAGAGGCUCCCCAGUGACCUAACUAUGGAGGAAAUAAUGCCAACGGUGAAAACACUGAUCAGAGCCUUUCGGAUCUUAAAGUUCCUGGUAGCAAAGAGGAAAUUCAAGGAGACUCUCCGUCCAUACGAUGUGAAGGAUGUGAUUGAGCAGUACUCCGCUGGCCAUCUAGAUAUGCUCGGACGAAUAAAAAGCCUCCAGUGUCGAGUAGACCAAAUCAUUGGCCGAGGUCCUGUUCCUAUGGAGAAGAAGCCACGGGAGAAGGGUGAGAAACUCCCUAUUGGACAUGAAGUAGAUGCAGCUGAUGAACUGAGUAUGAUGGGAAGAGUGGUGAAGGUUGAGAAACAGGUCCAGUCUAUUGAAGAGAAGCUCGACAUUCUUCUUGGCUUUUAUUCGCAGUGUCUGAAGAAAGGCCCAGUGAGUUCCUUCACACUGAGUUCCAUGCACAUGCCCCUAAUAGACCAGGAUAUGACAUCUGACUACCAUAGUCCAGUAGAUCAAGGAGAUAUAUCCGUGUCGGCACAGACACUUAAUAUUUCCCGAUCAGACAGCAAUAAUAUGGAAUGAGUCACCUGAAUUAAUGGAGAAAAGACGUUCCCUGACUUGAGAUGCUCUAUAAGAAGAGGUAUUCCACUACAGUUACAGGAACACAGACUACAUUUGGUCAUUUUGAUCAUGUAAUCUUGCUGGAUUGACUCUUGUAUUCUCCAUAUUUUAAAAAGAAUUGACCCUAAAUCAUUCUUAUGCAAUUUCAGUGGGGACCUCUGGAAAUGGGAUUUCUUAAGUAAUGUCACAGAGAGGUGAGA